UUAGCGUAAAAGUAUUCUAGGAGGAGACUGUUAAAGAAACUAAUUGAAAAGGGAUUGGUAAAGAUUUGGUCAUGUCGACGGACAGUUCAGAUGGCAAUGCGUGGGUAUUUGACUCUCUUGUGGGUUUUCUACAUGGUCCUGUAUGGAAUGUCCCAUUGCAAACUUUUAUAGAAGAGAAGUCUCUGCCUUUUGAGCCUACGGACAAUGGGGAUGUCUUGGACAGGCCAGAAUACAAGAAGAUUCAUGAUGAAUAUCGGAAUCUGGUAGAUGUGAUGCUCGGAUCCUUCAUGGAUGACAUCGGCAUCUCCGCCGACCAGUUCGAGGCUGCAUGUCGUCUGUCCGCUCGCGAUUUGGCCGGACUACCCGCACAGUUCCACCGGCGGUUGUUUGAGCAGAUCUGGGCUGCCAACGACUACGAUAUCUUCGUUAAGAUGAUGACGCAUAAAAAUGUUGAGCUGCAGCUGCAGGCACUAGAGUUGAUCGAGAGGCGUUUUGGAGCAUUACCCAGCCUAUUUGCAAACGUAUCGGAAGAUCUGGAGACGUCCCGAAGCGACGAGAGCGAAGACUGGCCUGAUGCUGACGAUGUCAUGACUGAGAUUAAAAAAUUACAACUGGAGGAUUUCGAAGAUAAUGCCGUCGUUAACGUUCCUCCUGAAGAAGUGGUGGCUGAAAAGCAAACCCUUUUGACCAAAGCCUCCAAGCUUCAAAGCUUUGAAAGGAUGGAGAAUCCUACUGAGAAAAAGAUUAAUCCGCCAGAACCCACUAUUCUGGAACCACCAAAACCCGCACCGAAAAAAGUUGAGGUGAGCGAGGAGGAAAUCCGUGCUCGCCAAGAAUACUUGAAGCAGCAGCGAGACAAACUUCUAGCGCUGAAGAAGCAGGUGCGCGAGAAAAGGUUGGGCGCCGCUGAAAUUGGGUCAGAAGGGAAAGGAGAAGGCCCAAGCGGCCAAGCACGGCCCCGCUCUGCGCGCGUAGCGCAGGCCGCGCUCGCCGGCGCGCCGCCGCCGCCGCCGACGCCGGAUGCCAUGCAACUGCGCAAGGCGCUCGCCUCCAAACUGAAGACUGAAGUCGUCGAUAACCACUAAGCUGACUGUGCUUUAUGACCGGCCGUUCCAAAUAGUACAAGCAAUGAGAUUAAAACCCACAGAUUAUAAAUUAUUCCAACUGUCCAGGAUGACUCUAGGUAUGCAGUCUGAUAGCACGUUUUUUUUGAACGAUUGCAUUCUCUACUAGUCAACCUUAAGGCAAAGCAGAGAGAUGAAGAGAUUAUUGAUCAAGACACCCUGAUACCUCAGGUAUUAUUAUGUGAGUUGCGGCUCACUCAUAAACUUAUCAAAUUCUAACCUCGUACCCUCUGUGCAAUAGAUUCAGUGAAUAGUCCCAUUCAAUAGCACUUGCUUUGGCCCCUGGGCUAUAAUCGCGAAAAUCGAAGUUCGCAAAUUGCGGGGAUUUUUCUCUGUCACUCUAAUUACGCCUUCAUUGGAGUAAAAGAGAAAGAUCCCCGCAUUUUACGAAUUUCGGUUUUCGCGGUAGCCGCUCUGGAACGUUUCUCCCUUGACGUCAUUGAAGAGAAUGGUAAAGAGUAGCCAAGCCGCAAAAGUUCCUUUCGAUGUGCAGUUGACAGGGUUAACUAUCUUAUUUUAGUAGCAUUGUCACUCAUAUUGCAAUGAAAUAAGGUUCAUACUCUGAAUAAUUGAAGAGCACCUAACUGUAGCGUAGGCUUCUUCCCAACUAUCGGAAACGGCCGGUAUACUUAAUGUGAUUACACGAUAAUAAGCUAACUUGAUUGUGAUUAGGUAAUGGAAAAUAAAAUAAAACUUGACGUCGUAUUUACCUUAUAUUUAUAUUGCUUACUUAACUAGUGACAUCAUAAUAAUAGCAUUAUGUAUAGUAAGCUUAUUUAUUUUACACAACUUGCCAAUAGGUAAAUCUAUUUUUCACUUUAAUUUGUGUAUAAAUUAGUUUGAUGGUUAUCCAUCGAGAGAUAAAAAAUAGUCAUCGUUACAGUCUACAUUCACCUACGAGUUCGUAUUUUAUUCAUUUAAGAAAUGUUAUUUCAAGGAAUAUAGGAGCCAUCCCACACUAUUGUAUCCCGAGCGUUGGUGUCAACAACAUGAACAACUCUAUGACUGCUGCUCGACGCAACGAUGGCGCAACUGCGCAGCGACGCCAUUUUCCAUAGCGCUGACUAGACACCGACGCUCAAAAGACGCUAGUGUGGGGUGGCCCUAAGAAUCGCAUGUAUAAUAUAAUCUAAUUGACGGCUCAAUGCUAUAAACACGCGGCUGUUGGCAGAUUUGAAAUAAAAUUAUUACA